UCAACUAUGGCUUCCCUCUCGUAGUGAUGGAGGCACAUCGUUAACAACAAAACAAAACUGUGACUUUAGUCAUUUAUUUGUCCGCUGACACAAGUUGGAUUUAAGAUGCAGAAGAUCAAGUCUCUCAUGGCCCGGCAGGGCCUGAAAAGCCCCCAGGAGAGCAUGGCAGACCUCAGUCCUGUGGAGAACCUGAGGAUCCCGAGCAAGGAGGAGUUGCGGGAGCUGAGGGAGCAGCCCAUCGACCCCCAGGCGGAGCAGGAGAUCAUCGACAGCAUCGAGGAAGUCUACUUCUCUAAUGACUCUUUUGACAUGGUGCAGCACGAACUGGAGAAACUCCCACCUGAGCUGAAUCUGCAGGAGCUGGAGGAGUAUAGAGACAAACUGAAGAGACAACAGUCAGCAGUUUCUAAAAAGGUUGCAGAUCUCAUUCUGGAGAAACAGCCUGCGUAUGUCAAGGAACUGGAGAGAGUGACGGCGUUACAGACCAACCUGCAGUUGGCAGCAGUCAUUUGCACUAAUGCAAGGAGACAACUGAGUGUUGCGAAGGAGGGAUUCACAGAGGCCAGCCUGGGCCUACUGGCCAAUCAGAGAAGACGACAACUGCUGACAGGCUUGCUUAAAUCUCUGAGGACCAUCAAGACGCUGCAAAGAACAGAUGUAAGACUCAGCGAGAUGCUUGAGGAGGAAGACUACCCAGGUGCAAUCCAGCUCUGCCUGGAAUGUCAGAAGGCUGCCAGCACCUUUAAACACUACAGCUGCAUCAGUGAAUUGAAUUCCAAACUACAAGACACUCUGGAGCAAAUAGAGGAGCAGCUUGAUGUCGCCCUCUCCAAGACUUGUAAGCACUUUGAUGUUUUGCACUACACCAAGGUGCAGCUGGCCUACAAGCUCCUGGGCAAGACACAGACUGCUAUGGACCAGCUGCACAUGCACUUCACCCAGGCCAUCCACAACACAGUGUUCCAAGUGGUGCUGGGAUACGUGGAGCUGUGUGCUGGCAACGCUGACACCAAGUUCCAGAAGAUGCAAUACAAGGACCUGUGCACGCAUAUCACCCUGGACAGCUACAUUCCCUGCCUGACGGAUCUGUGCAAGGCAUUGUGGGAGGUGAUGCUGAGCUACCACCGCACCAUGCAGUGGCACGAGGAGCACGACAAACAAGAGAACACACCCACUCCAGACGAUGCAGCAGCAGCAGCAGAGUCUGAUGAGUUGGUGGUGGACCGCAGCUAUGUGAAGAAGAAACUGGAGCAUGGACUGACACGGAUCUGGCAGGAUGUCCAGUUGAAAGUGAAGGCCUACAUCCUGGGGACAGACAUGUCUAACUUCAAAUACGACGAUUUCAUAGUGGUACUGGAUGUCAUCAGCAGGUUGAUGCAGGUGGGUGAGGAGUUCUGUGGCAGCAAGUCAGAGGUCCUGCAGGAGUCUAUCAAACGCCAAAGCAUCAACUACUUUAAAAACUAUCACAGGGCACGACUGGAAGAGCUAAGGAUGUUUCUGGAAAAUGAGACAUGGGAACUGUGUCCUGUCAAGUCUAACUUUAACAUCGCCCAGCUCCAUGAGUUUAAGUUCAUGGGCCAGUGUCGCUCUCCAUCCGUCUCCCCGAGCAGACAGGCCGUGACCUCGUCCACCCUGGCCCAGGAGGAGCUGUCUCUGUUCCAGCAGUACCUUCAGGAGGGAAACCCAUUCGAGAUGCACAUCGAGCACAAAGAGGAGGAGACGGAGGAUGUGCUGGCAUCUAACGGGUAUGAGUCGGAUGAGCUGGAGAAGAGUGUGUAUCAGGAUUACGACAGCGACAGUGAUGUUCCUGAGGAGCUCAAGCAGGACUACGUGGACGAGCAGACGGGUGACGCCCCUCUUAAGAGUGUGUCCCGCGAGACCAUAAGAAGCAAGAAAAAGUCUGACUACAACCUCAACAAAACCAAUGCACCAAUCCUCACCAACACCACCCUCAACGUCAUCCGGCUUGUUGGAAAGUACAUGCAGAUGAUGAACAUCCUGAAGCCGAUCGCCUUUGACGUCAUCCACUGUGUGUCACAGCUCUUUGACUACUACCUGUACGCUGUAUACACCUUCUUUGGACGCAAUGACAUGCCUGUCCCAAGCCCGUCUUUGUCAACUCGUAGUGGCAGAGAGGUGGGUCCUGCCUCGGUGGUGGGCCCUGCUUGUUUGUAUGAGUCAUCGGGUCUGGGCCUUAUCAGCAGCAGACUGAGAACCACACUGAACCGGAUCCAGGAGAGCCUCAUUGACAUGGAGGCUGUAGGGGAGAAUGCAGGAGUCCACGGCCCCGGAGAAGACAGGAAGGAGAAGGUGCCCAGCCCCCAUCUCAGUCAACUGGUGGUCCUCACUAACAGCGGGAGUCUUUAUGGGCUGGCUCAGAGAGUGGUGGCUACAGAGUCUCUUGUGUUUCUGGCUGAGCAGUUUGAGUCCCUCCAGUCGCACCUGGACACAAUGAUGCCUGCAGCCAAGAAGCCUUUCCUGCAACAGUUUUAUUCCCAGACGGUGUCUACAGCCAGUGAACUGCGGAAACCAAUAUAUUGGAUUGUGGCAGCCAAGGCCAUCGACUACGAACAAAUGCUACUCUUGAUGGCUGGAGUUAAAUGGGACAUUAGGGAGAUAAUGUCACAGCACAAUGUGUACGUGGACGUCCUGUUAAAGGAGUUUGAGCAGUUUAACAAGCGGCUGGGUGACGUUUCCAGACAUGUGCGCAUCCCACUGCCUGUGUCCAACGUCCUGUGGGAGCACUGCAUCCGUCUGGCCAACAGGACUCUUGUUGAGGGCUACGCUAACGUGAAGAAAUGUAGCAAUGAGGGCCGGGCCCUGAUGCAGCUGGACUUCCAGCAGUUCCUCAUGAAGCUGGAGAAGCUGACCGACCUGCGACCCAUCCCCGAUAAAGAGUUUGUCGAGACCUACAUCAAGGCUUAUUACCUGACGGAGAACGAUAUGGAGCAGUUUAUCAAGAAUCACAGGGAGUACUCCAUGAAGCAGCUAGCCAACCUGGUGAACGUUUGCCUGGGCUCACAUAUAAACAAGAAGGCUCGUCAGAAACUUCUGGCAGCCAUCGAUGACAUUGACAGACCCAAGAGAUAGACUGAUGCACGGUCCAGACCCCUAAACGUAUCAACCGACCCCCAGAGAUUGACACUCCAAUAGAGGAACUCCCACCGUGGAGCUCAGUGUCGAAUGUCUUCAUUUUUUGUCUAGAACAAUGUUGAGGUGUGUUCAACGAGCUGUCCAGUCCAUACGACAGUGGAGCUACUGUAAACAGCAAUUUGAAGCUCAAAUGUUAGCCAGAUGCUAAGUACAUGUUAAUCUGCAGUCAUUAUACGGUUAAAAACACAAACUGCCUCUUGUUGAAUGCACCUCAUGACACAAUGGUGGACAUAAAUAUUAAAACUCAGUGUCACACUCAAGCAUGCUGCAGUUACUCUGUGCAUAGAGCUACCAUAACACAUGCUAUCACCCACUUCAUUUAACAAACAUGCUGCUUCUGAAGUUUUUCUGCAGAUUGUCUGCAACCGUAGAUCACUUCAGUGUGACCAUGACGAGCAGAUCUUGAGUUUGUUUUCCAGAUAAACUUCUACAAAUACGGAGUCUACUAAUUGUAUAAAUGUGGCGUGACCGUGCGGCUGUUCAUAGACUUCCAUCUGUUUUCACCAAAAUGUGCUCAAGCUCUGACACAACUCCUACCUUGAGAUUAAAGAAAACAACAAGUGGAUAUUUAUGAGUUGCUAAAUUUGAUAGUCGCAUAAUGUCGUUAAGCUUUGUGGUAAAUAUGCCCAUGAGAACAUUUGAAUGGUUAUACCCCUCUGCUGUCUGAAUGUGUUUCCUGUGGGAGAAGCAGUACAGUAAAUCUGGUUUAUUGGUCACUUUAAUCUUUCACUAUGAAAUAUUCCAGCCCAUGCUUUUGCUGUAUAUUAGUUCACUUCAGGGUGUUUGUUGUGCCUGACUGGAUGCUCCUUUUCUUUGUUUGUUUUGUCCAUGAAUUACAUAAAUCUAAUAUAAUGAUGAUUCUGAAAAUAAUAUAAAUUGCUGUAGUUAGAGUUAACAUAGUUAGAUUAUAUCCGCACCAGCUGCAUUUGUUUGUUUGCCAUCUGUCAAAUCUGAGGAGGAAAUGAUUUUAUUGUCGUGAGGUGAGUUUUUGAAAGUCUUUGGACUUCAGUCUCUGGCAUUCUUGCUGUUCAGUGAAAUUUUGUUAUUUUUUAUCCAUUUUGUUGCUUUGCGCGAUCAGGCAUUGAUAAUGUAAUUUCUCAUGACUACCCAAGUUUUCCUCCCUCAUAUAUUAGUUUAACCUGACCGCACCUGCUGGGGGGGGGUAAAAAAAAAUGAAGUAACAGUUUUUGGUACAGCUUCUUAUACAUUUUGUGUGCAACUAUUCCAAGAAAAAUACUGUAAAUGUGAAUGUUUUGAACAAUGUCUGUAUUUAUUUCUUGCUUUGUGUCUUGUUUGGGUUUUUAUAUGAUAACUGCUGCAAGCGUGCUGUCAUUUAUCACCUCUCAGUAUCUUAUAACUUAUCAGCUGAAGCAAAUACAAAAUAUUUAAACAUUGUCAAAAUUACAUUAAGGGUCAAGUGCACUAUAGUGGAAAUCAGUAAUCAGUGUUAGAAUUGUAGGUUGAACCAAGAUGAUUCUAACAUAAUAAACACACUAACAAUG